UCACUAAAAACAGAGGAAAGUGGACCAUCAGCAGAGGCAACAUCGUCAACAACUGUAGGCACACACUCUUCUGAAGUUGUUGAUUCCCAACAUUCCAAAUCACAAACACCAUCUGAAAACACCACAGAGAACAGUAAUACCAAUGAUGGUAAUCCUUCACAGAAUCAUUCUCCAACAGAGACGAGUACACUUACCACUCCUAAUCCCACACAGCACUCUGCUGCAGCUCAAGGUACGACUGGCACAGAAGGAUCACAUGAGAAUGCCAAUGCUGAUUCAACGGCCACCACCAAAACCAACAGUGAAGCACCAAUAACUCCAUCUCCUCAAGCCAACGCAGAGAUCAGC